CUCCCUCUCGGUCUUCUUACUGCCGCCCAAGGCCACCCUAUGCUCGUCGAGCUCAAGAACGGCGAGACCCUGAACGGACAUCUGGUCAGCUGCGAUACAUACAUGAACCUCACACUCAAGGAAGUCAUCCAAACGAGCCCGGAAGGCGAUCGCUUCUUCAGACUACCCGAAUGCUACGUUCGCGGAAACAACAUCAAAUACCUCAGAAUGGAAGACGAGAUUGUGGAUCUUGUCAAGGACCAACAAGCCAGCCAACAAGCUGCCAGAGGCGGUCGCGGAGGAGGUCAAGGAGGAAGAGGUGACCACAGCGGGCGUGGAGAGCGUGGCGGUAGGGGAGGCCGUGGUGGUCGUGGCAGAGGAGGUCGUGGCCGUGGUGGUUGA